GAUUCCUGAGUGUGAAGUUGCAGGAAAGCCCUCAGUUUGGGAGAUGGAGCCGAUCCAGGGGUUUCCAUGGCACUGGGAUAAACAGGAGGAAACAGUGAGGGAAUCCCGUUAUUUUACAGCAUUCAAAGACUAUAAACACUCGGAGCAGGGAAGGAAGUGGCCUUUCCCUCUCUAGUAACCCUCAUCUCAGAGCAGAGAACUGACUUCACUUCAGGAACACGCUCAGCUCAGUUCGGAUCCCUCUUUGCACCUCCAAACACUUACUGAGGAGGCGAGCAAGAGGGGUUCCCUCUGUCCGGGCGGCACUGGUUGAAGAUGGUCUAAAGGAGAUUUUUUUUUUCCUUUUUUUUUUAAUUUUUUUUCUUUUUCUGCUAUAGAUUUUUUUUUUUUUUUUAAUUCCUGAUGCAGCGAGAAACUGCCUGCAGGCUGGUACACUACCACCACAUCAUGAGGUCUAUGGAUCAAGAAGAACCGACUCCACAUAAAACCAACAGCCCACCCUCUGGAGUUACAUACGCUCAUGAUGUCUUGGACUGUGGCCUCAAGCCAUGCCCCCUGCCUUUUCCUAGCCUUCCUGCAGACCCCAUGGGCAGAUAUGGACAGCCAGAUAGCAUAGGGCCAACACCUACACACCCUGCCAACGCUGCAGGGGCCUCUGCUCCGAGCCCUAGGAUUGAAAUAACUCCAUAUCAUGAACUGAUUCAUUCGGGGGGUCCCUUCCGCAGCAGAGACACAGAUGUUCUGUUGGCAGAACAUCAGCCAAACUCAGCCACCACUAGCCCGAGGGUUACCCUGCCUGUCCCUGGCUUUGAGGGCUACAGAGAACCACUGUGUCUGAGCCCAGCUAGUAGCGGCUCCUCUGCAAGUUUCAUUUCAGAGACAAAUGUAUCUCCUUGCACGUCACCAUGUGUUUCACCAAAUAAUGGUCCUAGUGAUGACCUUUGUCCACAGUUUCAAAACAUCCAUACUCAUUAUUCUCCUAGAACCUCUCCAAUAAUGUCACCACGAACAAGCACCACGGAGGAAGCCUGCUUGGGACGCCACUCACCAUCUCCCUGUCCCAACUCAAGGUCCUCGUCGCCCGGUGCAAAGCGGAGGUUCUCUUGCACCGGGCUCUACAGCGCCCAGCUGCCCUGCUCCUCUCCUCGGCACUCACGGAGCCCCUCUCCACAGCCCUCUCCUCGCCUCCCCCCGAGAGAAGACACCUCUGCAGUCACUUACACGCAGCUGGCCAGCGCUCCCCUUGCCAUGGAUGCUAUGAGCAGCCUUCCCACGGAUCCUUCCUGUGGCGUCCCCACGAAGAUCUGGAAAACCAGCCCCGAUCCUUCAUCCAUGUCUUCCCACAAAAACAGCAUUCAGUGUCACGUCUUUCAGACUGUCGACUUCCACGGGCCUUGUGAGCAGGAGGACAGGAGAAACUCAGCCCCAGAACCCAUCCUGUUGGUUCCUCCAUCCUGGCCGAAGCAGCUGGUGCCUGCAAUACCAAUCUGCAGCUUGCCCGUGCAGUCCCUGCCUCCCCUGGAGUGGCCCCUGUGCAGCCAGUCUGGCCCCUACGAGCUGCGCAUCGAGGUGCAGCCCAAGCCCCACCACCGCGCGCACUACGAGACCGAGGGCAGCCGUGGUGCCGUCAAGGCUCCCACCGGGGGACACCCCGUGGUCCAGCUGCACGGGUACAUGGAGAACAAGCCCCUGGGGCUGCAGAUCUUCAUUGGCACGGCGGAUGAGCGCAUCCUGAAGCCCCACGCCUUCUACCAGGUGCAUCGCAUCACGGGCAAAACCGUCACCACCACCAGCUACGAGAAGAUCAUUGGCAACACCAAGGUGUUAGAGAUCCCCCUGGAACCCAAAAACAACAUGAAAGCAACCAUCGACUGCGCGGGGAUCCUGAAGCUGCGCAACGCGGACAUCGAGCUGCGCAAGGGCGAGACCGACAUCGGCCGCAAGAACACGCGGGUGCGCCUGGUGUUCCGCGUGCACAUCCCCGAGCCCAGCGGCAGGGUCGUGUCCCUGCAGGCGGCCUCCAACCCCAUCGAGUGCUCCCAAAGGUCUGCUCAUGAGCUUCCGAUGGUCGAAAGACAAGACAUAGACAGCUGCCUGGUUUAUGGAGGACAGCAGAUGAUCCUCACUGGACAGAAUUUCACAGCAGAGUCCAAGGUGGUGUUCACAGAAAAAACAUCAGAUGGGCAGCAGAUCUGGGAAAUGGAGGCAACGGUGGACAAAGACAAGAGCCAGCCUAGCAUGCUUUUUGUGGAAAUCCCCGAGUACAGGAACAAGCACAUCCGCACGGCCGUGAAGGUGAAUUUCUAUGUCAUCAAUGGCAAAAGGAAAAGAAGCCAACCCCAGCAUUUCACCUAUCACCCAGUACCAUCAAUCAAAACAGAGCCCAUUGAUGACUAUGAUCCAGCCCUAAUCUGCAAUCCAGUGCACACUGCUCUGGGGACAGUAACACAGCCUUACUAUUCACAGCACACAAUGGCCACCGAGUCCCCUUCCUGCCUCGUGGCCACCAUGGCUCCUUGCCAGCAGCUGCGCUCAGGCCUCUCCUCACCCGACUCGCGGUACCAGCAGCAGAACCCGGCUGUGAUUUACCAAAGGAGCAAGAGCCUGAGCCCCAGCCAGCUGGGCUACCAGCAGCCCGGCCUGAUGGCCACGCCAGCUGCCAUUGGGGACGGGCACAGGUCCGUGCUGGUGCACGCUGGCUCCCCAGCCCAGAGCUCGGCCGUGCUGCAGCACUCCCCGGGCCACCAGCAGUCCUCUCCUGUCAUCCACUACUCUCCAACCAACCAGCAGCUGAGGUGUGGGAGCCACCAGGAGUUCCAGCACAUCAUGUGCUGUGAGAAUUUCCCGUCCGGCGUGUCGAGGUCCAGCCAGGCGCAGAGGCUCAGCCCCAGCUCCUACCCCACGGUGAUCCAGCAGCAGGCGGCCCCGGGCGCGCGGGCGGCCAAGAACGGGUCCCCGGGCAGCCAGCAGAAGGAGGUGCUGCCAGCAGGAGUCACCAUCAAGCAGGAGCAGAACCUGGACCAGGCCUACCUGGACGAUGUUAACGAAAUUAUCAGGAAGGAAUUUUCUGGACUCCCUGCCAGAAGUCAGACAUAGAAGAGAUUUGUGAGACAACUUUUACCGAAUCCUUCCACAAGUGACCUCUUAGAUCCUUCCAGUGCCCCUGCAACCUCUGGCUUCCUUUGCAGUUCAUCUCCAGGCAGAGACUCAGUGCAAGGAACAAUGAAUUGGCACCAAGCGACAGCCUUGGCUGAGCACCUCGCCACCUCUGUGUGUAAACAGCACACAGGACACCCUUCCUUUCAUCCAGAGAUCACAUUGUUCUCCUGGAACACAGCAUCUGUCCGAGGAAACACUUCAAGCCUGCUGCAACCCAUCUGUCUGUGUGUCCAUCCAUCCAUCCAUCCAUCCAUCCAUCCAUCCAUCCAUCCAUCCAUCCAUCCAUCCAUCCAUCCAUCCAUCCAUCCAUCCAUCCAUCCAUCCAUCCAUCCAUCCAUCCAUCCAUCCAUCCAUCCAUCCAUCCAUCCAUCCAUCCAUCCAUCCAUCCAUCCAUCCAUCCAUCCAUCCAUCCAUCCAUCCAUCCAUCCAUCCAUCCAUCCAUCAGGGGAGACAGGAGCCAUCCCCUGGGCAGGGCCCAGAGCCUGGGCUGGGCACUGGGGGUGGGCAAAGGGGAGCAGAGUCAUGUAUUCAUGGGACAGUAACACCAUCCUGCAGGUCACUAACAAUGAUUUGCCCUCCAGGUCUCAAAGCCCUCCUGAGAAAUGUUAUUAUUGUAGGAAACUGAGGCAGCCAAGCUCGCUCAGCCUUCAUCCAGUCUAGGAUCAAAGCCAGUUUGCUCUGGGCACUGGGGUUGCUGAGAUCUUCAGACAGGAGAUCUCAGCUGAAUCCAGGAGUUUUCUUCAUUUUUCUUGUCAGACUGGAUAGGAAUUUGAAGGAGAGGGAUUCUCAUAACCAACCAGUGAAAAGAGCAAUUCAGCAGUUGCAAUGCCUGCCCCGAGGUAAAAUAAACCCAGGUAAAGCAGAGAUUAAUAUAUAGGAGUCACAGUAAAUCCAAAGAUUUUAUGAUUGAUCCUUAUUAGUAUUUAGGCAGUGUAUGAACACACCUUAGAUAUUUUCUCUCUAACAAAUUGUUGCUGUUUCUUUUCAUGUAGAACCUGCUCUUGUCUCAUAACUUGUUUCAUUUAGCAGCUGGAACAUUUACUCACCCGAGCUGCAGAGGAAAAUAAUUGCAUCUUACAGAAGCCAUACAUUCCAGAGAAAAUAGACACUUAUUUAUAUUCACCUGGUCUCUUUAGCUUUGCAAAGCUACCAGCAGUUCCUGGAAAGGUUCCAUUUCCAUGGGAGUUAGUAUUUUGUUAUGUUUUGCUUCGUGUGUUAGAAUAUCCUGUCCUGACUCCUGCUUUGCACAUUCCAGGUAACCACUGCCACCUGCAGUUGUACAAGUUAGAAUAUUUAGGGGAGUCAGGGAUAAAAAGGCUUCUGAGUGGGUAACCAGUGUACAGUAAAAGAUAGCCAUAAUAUUUUAGGAAUGCCAUAGUAAUCUUUCCUGGUUUUAUAAAUAAGGAAUGCUGAUAUUUUUGGGAAUGCAGAGCCUGAGCUCUGCUCUAGAGCACAGUGAAAUUAAUCCAGUUUUCAGUUGUGUCACAGUAAACUUGGCAGAGUACCAGCGUGUCCACUGCUCACAGCAGGAAAGAAGGGAUGGGAAUACAGCAGAGCAGCCUCAAAAUUGGUUCCCCAGUGUCUCAAGAAAGAUUUUGCACAAUCCCUGCAGAGCAUGGCUCGGUCCAACAAAAAUCUCUUCAGGAUUAUCAGGAAGAAUAUAUUUUCUGCCACUAAAAACUGGUGCUUAAACUCUGGAAGCUCUUGGGGUUAGAGUGGGAGACAGAAGCAUUAGGUUCUUCAGAACCCCUGACCUGGGGCUCAGCUAAAAUUUGGCUCUUGAACAGAAAUCUGGAUGUCACAAGAGCAGCUCUGAACUGCAGAUUCAGCCCAGCUGAGAUCCAGAAGCAGAGCAGAGCCCUGCACAUCCCAGCCUGGCAUUAAUGGCACCCCUGGCUUCCAUCCCUGCUUUGUGAGACUCAGACCUUUCAGCCCAAAAUGAGUUCCCUGUAUCCCAACACCCAGAACUCCUGGGGGGCCUCUCUGGUGCACCUCUCUGGUGCUCUCCUGGUGAGCUCUGCCCUGCAGGUGCCCUGGCCAAGCCUCAGCCUGGACCUGCAGAGGUGAAAAUGGCCUUUUCUAAUUGCUGAUUUUUACAGAAACAAAAGUGAGGCCCGGCCUUGCUGGAGAGGGGAAUUCCUGUUAGACAGCACUCAGCAGGACUGACUGGCUCACACGCCUCAAAAAGCUAUUUUGGAUUGUUAAAAGCUGUCAGUGGGCCAGAGUCUGACACACAUUAAGGGGUUUUUAGUGCAUUCUGAUGAAUGAGACAAUUUUGACAUAUUCUAAAGGCCAAAAGUUGCCUUGUCAGAAGUUCUGUGCUGUAGCUGAGUAAAAGAACAGACCAAAUGCAUCUCCCAGUUUCACACUUGGAUGUAUCAAAUGUUUUCCAUGAUCCAACCUGUAAAGUAUAGGAGAAAUUUAAAAAACAACCCAGAAAUGCAUCCACAGAAAAAAAAAAUCCUCAGAUUACUGGCAGGACCUUCUCUUUUGCUGGAUUUUAAACAGAAGCUCAAAGAAGCCCAGGAAGGUCUUUUCAGACCUGUGAUGUGCUGCUGCUGCUGCUGCUCUGGUGAUUGUCUGCAGCAGCUACUCAUCAAUUUAGGAGAAUAAUUUUUUGCAUAUUUAUUUUUAGAUGAUAUCAAUUUAGAAAAGGGGAUUGGAAGUAAAAUCUAGUGCUGGAUCUGAGCAAAGGAAAAGGUCAGUGUUUAAGUUCUGCCUUCUGGAUUGUUGAGGCUGAAAUGUCCUUUAAAUAAAUUCAUCCCCCAAAGGAAGGAGUAGCUGAAACCUUGGAGCAAAGGCUGUUCAGGGCCCAGAGGGAGCCAGGCAGGCACAGCCCUGCAGCCAAAAUGCACAAGAUUUCCACUGUGCUCAUGUGUUCUUCAGGCCCUUUGCUAUAGAGGGGGACAGAGGCUUGGGUUUUCAUUUGUUGGAUUUAUUUCGUGGGGUUGCUUUUUUUUUUUUUUUUUUUUUUUUGUUCAGUUUAUUUUGUUUGGUUGGAGGGGUUUUUUAGGUUGGUUUUUUUGGUUGUUGUUUUUCGUUUUUUGGGGCUGAUUUUUUUUUUGUUGGGGUUUUUUUGGGGGAAGGGUUUUUAAUGUGCUACAGGUGCUCUAGCCAUGCUUGCAUUGACUGUAUUCCCUCCUCCUCUUUAAGGCAUAGGUAUUAAUCUGUGUACAUGUACAGUGCACAAUGUCAUUUAUACAAUACACCCACACAGGGAGGGGCUUUUACAUGGGCUGGCAGUGACAGGACAAGGGGGGGAUGGCUUCCAACUGACAGAGAAUUGCUUUCAAUCAGAAAUUAGGGUAAAAAGCCUCCCUGGCAGUGCCCAAGGCCAGGCUGGACAGGGCUGGGAGCACCUGGGGCAGUGGGAGGUGUCCCUGCCAUGGCAGGGGUGGCACUGGGUGAAGUCCCUGCCAGCCCAGGCCAUGCCCUGCUCUCUGUGGGUGCAUUAUUUUAUCCAUGUUAGAAAUGAACACCCCGUGCAGAGCUGGUCCCUCCUGUGCUGGCUCCCAGCACUGGAGCAGCUCAGCGUGGAGGCUUCACCCCAUGUAUUCUGAAUUUUAGGGGUUCAGCCACACCUGCAUGAGCUCAGGCCCUGCUGCCCCAUCUGCUUUUCCAUGCAACAGUAGUUAAAGAAUCCAGCUUCACCACCUUUGUAUUUAUUUCCAGAGAAAAGGAGCAUCCUCAGGCGUAGUGUUGUCUCUUUAAAAAGGAAACUGAUAUGUUAGAAUAUAUAGCUAGGCUGAAGAAUUUCAAUAUAUACAGUACUAAAUUAUUUCCUGUUCUUGCUGAGCAGAGUUUUUUCCCAGUAUUAGUAUUUCUGUUACUUAGUACAACUUUCUCUCUGUAGAAGCACCAGCUUAAGCUUGAAGAGUUAAUAGCAUUUUGUGAGCAAUUUGUUCUCACUUUAUCUGGAAGAUAGCCAUAUUUGCACAUGAGGAAACUCUGUCUUUCCUCAGUUAUCUGAAUGUUUCACCACAGUGCCUUCCUGCCAUUGUACCAAAGGCCUACAAAUAUCUUGUCUGCAGGGUGAACAACUCUAAUGCAUUUUCCAUCAAAGUUACACCAUGUGACAUUCAUGUUGGAACUCAAAAGUUCAUCUCUUUUUAUUUGUCUUGUGUGGUGUGUGUGUGUGUGAUUUUUUAAUUUCCAUUUUUCCAUCCGAGCUUUGGCUGCAAAUACAGGAUGAGCAUCUCUAAACGCUGCAUCAAAUAUACGUAGAAUAAAAAUCAUCUUUCAUGAUAUGUAAACAGUCUGAGAGUGGAAUGGAGUGGGCAGAUAUCAGGAAGAUUUUUAUUUUUGGUCAGUUAUGAGUGUUGGAAGUCGAGUUUGCCAGGAGAGGAAUUGCUUGUGAAGAUAUUUGCAAUGAAAUGCAAAGUCCUGGUUUUGUUUUUCUCCAUGAGAAUGAGCAAAAAAUAAGAUCAGAGCAGCAACAGUGGAGUGGAAGUGUCUCAUGUAUGUUGUUUUUACUGGGAGAAAGAAUGUAGAAGAGUCAUGGGUUUUGCACUUGCUUUAUUUGUAUCCAUGUAAAUACGUAUCCCUCCAUUCUCCCCGUAGGAAUGCAGCAUUUCCUGAAUGGAGAGGAUUUCCAAAACCAGCACUAUGUUAUUCUCCAUUGUAUGAAAAGCUGCUGCUUCAUUACAUAUCUAGACCAGUCCUCAAAGUAGCUAGCAUGUUUUUUAAAGUGUAUUUUGUAAUCCGUAUCUUUACAACAGAAGUGACUGUGCUCUUUGUCUGACCAAAUAUGCAAUACAACUUUUGGAUUAAGGUUUGUAUUUAUAAAGGAUCAGUUUUCAUUUUCUGAAUGCCUUACUUUUCUAUGCAAUUGUUGUUGAAUUGCUGUUGUCCUAAAACAAAAAAAAAAAAAAAAAAAAUGUAUUUGAUAAAUUUCCCAAAGACUUCAAAGACAGCUUUAAACACUUCAGAAAUAUGUUUCUAAAUAUUUCAAUCUGACUUUUUCCCCUGCAUUUCUUUCCAAAUUGCUACUUAAUAGGGAACAACGAUCUGCCAGAUGGGACUCAGGAAAAUGACUGUCUUAAUUUAAAAUUUUAAACUGAUUCAGAUCCUCAUAAUUUUUACACCACUUAAAAUGAUCUGAUGUUCCAGUGUAGCUGCAAUUCUGUUUGUUUGUUAUUUGUGUUCCAUAUUCCUGUGCAAUAGGAAGAGAUGCCACUGCUGGGUCUCGGUGGGGUGAAUUGUAAAAUUCUCCAGAAACCAACUCUUUUCCUCAUCCUUUACAUUGCAGUGGUUUCUUACCUGUGAGGCAGCACUGUGCCAUCACACAUGGAAGAUUGUAAUUCUUUACUCAUCUCAGUUCAGAAUGAAUAAUCACCUCUGGGAACAUUUGACAUCAGAUUGGCAUCUGUGUCUUUAAUAUCUGCUGGUUCUAACUGCAGGGCUCCCAGCUGAUACCAGCUUCUCCAGCUACCAGGCAGUGUCCAACCAGCCUGGUCUGUUCCAGGUUUGUUUAGCCAUUUGUGUUCUUUCAGCGGUACAAAAAUAUAAAUUAGUACCUGCACAUUGCAAUCAACUUCACCUGAAGGUGCUGAUGCUGCAAAAGAUGUCCUCAAAUGCAAAAAGUUACCUGGGGGGUUGAGUUUCCUUCUGUCACUCCUAAAAUAGCAGCAUUGGGCAGAAAGCUCCAGAAGGAGUGAGUCUCAGAAAGGAAUGGUGUUUGCAAAGCCCAGGGGUCCCAGAUGUGCUGCAGUUACUGCAGGAUGGACUCGGAGCAGGGACUGCACCUGGGCACAGAGAGCCUGACCAGUGCUGGCCUGUCUGGCACUCCCAUGUUUGUCUGAGUGUGUAAUUAUGAAGUGAUUCCCCCCAAAGUCAGCCCUCCCUGCCCCGGAUAGUCAGGUAAAGCCAUAUUUUAGUAGACACACGAGUGAGCACUUGUCACUCACAUCAUCCUUACAGAUGUCUUUUGAAUCAAUUUGCCUGUUCAAAAACCCAGCUCUCACAAUUGAAAAGGGAUUUAUAUCAUUCACAUUCCUACAACAACGUUGUUAACUUCCAAUGUAAUGUUUUUUUGCUAUCUGUAAAGUAUUUUUAUAUAUUGCCUGUACUAUGGUAGAUUAGCAAUAAAUGAAAGGGCAUCAUCUGC